AUGUCUGCCGGAUUCAAGUCCAUCGCCGUCGCUGGUGCGCAGGGCAGCAUUGGAAAGGCCGUCCUCCAAGGCCUCACGGCUUACCGUGGUGUCUCCGUACUCGUCCUCACGCGCAAGACGACGCCGCGCCCGGAGUGGCUACCCAAGGAGGUCGCGCACGCAGGAGUGGACUACGACGACGUAGACGGCACCGCGGCAGUCCUUCGCGAGCACAAAGUCGAGGUAGUCGUCUUCCCAGGUUCUGGCAUCCUUCAGCAAAUCCCGCUCGCGGACGCCGCGAAGGCUGCGGGCGUGCAGCUCUUUGUGCCGAGCGAGUAUGGGACGGUGGACAAGGCGUUCACUCUAGAGGAAGCCCCGGACUUCUUGGCAGAAAAAGUCAAGGUUGCGCAACAUCUGGAGGCUAUCGGCCUCACGUCUGUGCGCGUCUACACCGGCGCGUUUCAUGACUUCGCCCUCCCGCUGGUCGGCUACACCGUGAACAAAAAGGUCAACAUCCUCAAGGGACUCAAGGGUGACACUCCGAUGUCCAUAACGCACACGAACGACAUCGGAGGUAAGCUUGCGCACUUCCUGGAUGAGGCUCCAGCUCACCCCAACACAGGCUUCAUCGCCUACGUGAUCACUCACUACCCGCUCUCCGACCUCGCUUUCAAGUCUCUCCGCAUCGAGGGCGGCCACCUGUCGUUCAACCAGCUCGCUGCUCUCCUCAACGCGCCUGUCGAGCACGUCGACGAGGUACCGACCAAUUUCUAUGACAAGACGUUCCUCGCGCAGGCGCAGACGUUCGUGGACAGGGGGCUGUUGAACACGGAGACGAAGGUGUGCGAGGGCGAUGGCGCUGGCGGGGCCAACCACCUGUGGAAGGGUCAUAGGUGGACGACGGUCAAGGAGUCCUUGAACCUGCAGUAG